AUGGCGUCCGGAAUCGCGCUCAGCGCUAUCCAUACCCUUUACCGAUACUGUACGAUUACGGGCAAAGGCCGACUCCUUUUUGGGCAUCCAAGAGGCCUCGACUUCCUGAUUGUUGCUGUUUUUGUGUAUUUUGUUGGCAUAUGGACGCUGGGAUGCAUUUUUAUACUCGAUCAAUCCUUGGAAGCUCUAGGUGGACGAAGAGAAACUAUCAAGCAAAUAUUCGGGAUCGAACUAGCACCAGCUUCGUUUGCAAGUCCUCAAUAUUGGGACGAAACUCACGGACUGCGCUGGGUUGAUAUUCUCGCUGUUGGAUAUGUCACCGGAAUCUCAUAUGCAGCUUCAAUUUUUGGGGUUGUCUUAACGUACAAACUUCACCACGCCGUAAAGCAGUCAAUGUGUUCAGCUGCAACUCGCGCUAUUCAAAAUCAAUUAAUUACCAUAUUGCUAACCACUCUAAUUGCUUCGACUUGCACGGAAAUUAUCCCCUUCACGCUGUGCCAAUUUUCGGGCACGUUAGGCAUUACGAACGCGCGCUCUGCGAUAUCUCGGCUGCUCCUGCUGGGCCGAAAUCCGGAAACGAAUGCAGCUCUUCGAAAUCUCAUCUACUGUAGCUUCAAGUUCUCACUGAAGAAUCGCAAAUUU